AUGCCAUCGACCUCCGAUAUUGAACUGCCACCGAUUUCGAACCCACCAGAGCCAAAUCUUCUACACGAUCAGAACCAGACACGUCAGUACUUGACGCAAAAAAGCUACCCCUCCGAUCGACCAUAUGAACGUAACAUACAUCUGGACCAGCCUGUUGCGCUUGGCAGCCAAGAUAGCAAUAAUGAUAUUCUGGGCCAUCAGGAGAUCUUGACCGAUUAUAACUCUGGGGGACUGAAUUUGACUGGGCAGCCGGAAGAUAUAUUUGCAAGUCAUCUGUUUUGA